UUGGACAAUCGUCAACCGGUGCCAUCUAUUUCACAGCUGUUUGUCUUCUCUCUUUUUUUACAUAAAAAAAACAAAAUGUUUGACAGCGAAAUGUUUACCGGUUGAUACACCAAAAUUUUAAUAACAACAAUGUUUAUUUUUUAAUUUAUAAUUUUAAUUAUUUAUCAUUAAAAAACAAUGGGUUUUUUAGAAGAUACAUUAUUUAUUCUCAGCUCACAGGUUGUAUUUUUUUCAAUUGGAUGGGUUUUUUUUGUUAAAAAAUUAUUUCGUGAUUAUGAAGUACAUCAUAUACUUGUACAGUUAAUAUUUUCAGCAACAUUUGCAUUAUCAUGUACAAUGUUUGAAUUAAUUAUAUUUGAAAUUGUUGGUAUACUUGAUUCAAGCUCAAGAUAUUUUCAUUGGAAUGUUGGACUUUACAUGUUGUUAUUUAUGGUGAUUGUAUUGAUACCAUUCUACAUUGCAUACUUUAUCAUCAGUAAUAUAAAUUUAGUUAAAAAAAAAUUCAUCAGACCACUUACUGUGUUAAUUUAUCUAUUUUAUUUAUAUUUAUUUUGGAAAAUUGGUGAUCCAUUUCCAAUAUUAAGUCCAAAAAAAGGUAUAUUAUCAAUUGAAACUGGUGUUAGUCGUGUUGGUGUUAUUGGUGUAACAGUUAUGGCAUUAUUAUCUGGUUUUGGUGCUGUUAAUUAUCCAUAUUCAUCAAUGGCAUAUUUUAUGAGACCAGUAUCAUAUGCUGAUGUACAAGGAAUUGAACGUAGAUUAAUGCAAACAAUGGAUAUGAUUGUUGCUAAAAAAAAAAGAAUAGCAUUAGCUAAAAAAGGUGAUGUUGUAUCACCAACAGAUACAAGAUCAAGAUUAUGGGGAAUGCUUGGACCAUUGACUAGUUCAAAAGGACAACAAGAACAUAUUAAACAAUUACAACAAGAAGUAUCAUGCCUUGAAGAAUUAUCACGUCAAUUAUUUUUAGAAGCACAUGAUAUACAAAAUGCUCGACAAAGAUUAAAAUGGGCAGCAACAUGGCAAGGAAAAUAUUUUAAUUUUUUAGGAUAUUUUUUUUCAAUAUAUUGUACAUGGAAAAUAUUUAUAUCAACAAUAAAUAUUGUAUUUGAUAGAGUUGGUAAAAAAGAUCCAGUAACACGUGGUAUUGAAAUUGCUGUUCAUUGGAUUGGUUUUAAUAUUGAUGUUACAUUUUGGUCACAGCAUAUAUCAUUUUUUCUUGUUGGUUGUAUUGUUUUUACAUCAAUUAGAGGAUUAUUAUUAACACUAACAAAGUUUUUUUAUGCAAUAUCAAGCAGUAAAUCAUCAAAUAUUAUUGUUCUUAUACUUGCUCAAAUAAUGGGAAUGUAUUUUGUGUCAUCAGUGUUGUUGAUGAGAAUGAAUAUGCCAGCUGAAUACAGAAUAAUUAUAACACAAGUACUUGGUGAUUUACAAUUUAACUUUUAUCAUCGUUGGUUCGAUGUUAUAUUUUUAGUGUCAGCAUUAUCAUCAAUUGUUUUUCUUUAUCUUGCUCAUAAACAAGCACCAACUGAACGUGUAUAA